CCAGACCGAAAGUUUUUGCUGGUAGUGUUGUUGUGUCGGUUGACGGGAGUGGGUGUGAGUGCCCGUCAGACUCUGGGAUUUUCUGUAACGAAGUCGUUUGGAAAGUGCCGGCGCGAUGCUGAAGUUUAUGAAACCGUCGCAGAAGAUCACGCCGGAGAGGCUGCAGAAGCAGAAGGAGCUGUUCGACUUCAACAGGGCCUGCUAUCAUGGAUUUCCUGCCAAGCCCUCUGCCCUGGCUUGGGACCCACGCCUUCGACUGCUGGCACUCGCUACCAAGACAGCUGAGAUCAGGAUAUUUGGCACUCCAGGUGUAGAAGUAUAUGGCCAACCUGACAACAAUGGAGCAGCAAUUACUCACCUUACUUUUCUUAGUGGACAGUGCCGGUUGGUGUCGCUGUGUGAGGACAACAGUCUACACCUAUGGCAGAUGACACCUCGUGAAGAUUCUUCUGGGAUGCAGCUAACACAGGUCAACUCCACCUCUUUGGAAGGAAAGUUGAAAAAGAUAAGUGUCAUAAUUGCAGACAGCACCGGAGAACACUUACUGGUAGGCACUGAAGGGGGCAACAUAUAUCUUCUAAACUUGUCUACAUUUGCCAUGUCAGAUAACAUUAUUUAUCAGGAUGUAGUUAUGCAAAAUGUUCCAGAAGACUAUAAGGUAAACCCAGGUCCAGUGGAGGCUAUUGCUGAACAUCCUACAGAACUUGAUAAAAUUCUGAUUGGAUAUCAACGGGGGUUGAUAGUUCUAUGGGAUAAAAAGAACCUCUGUGCUGACCAGACCUAUGUAUGCAGCCAGCAACUAGAAUCUGUCUGUUGGCAUGCAGAUGGAUCCCAGUUCACCACAUCUCACAAUGAUGGAAGCUAUAUGGUGUGGUCAAGCACUGAUUCAGCGAAUCCGACAGAUGGACCCCACACAGUUUACGGACCAUUUCCUUGCAAACCUAUCACAAAAAUUGUACGGCCGUGUUCUAAAAGUGGUGACCUGAUUGUGUUUGCUGGUGGAAUGCCUAGGGCAAGUUAUGGUGACCGGAACACAGUAACGGUUAUAUGUGGUGAAAAUCAUGUCACGUAUAAUCUAACAUCUAAGAUCAUAGAUUUUUGUGUGGUAGAUCAUGAAGAUGAUGGACAUGCCAGCUGUCUUGUUGUUCUGGCAGAAGAAGAAGUUGUGUUUAUUGAUCUUGAGACUGAAGAAUGGCCUGCAUUCGCAUCACCAUACUUAGCAUGUCUGCAUUCUUCGGCUGUUACCUGUUCCUUUUUGGCAUCAUCUGUUUCUCCUGAUAUUUAUGAAAAGUUGAAGGAAGCUGGUGAGAAGCAGCAAGGUAGCCUGUCAAAGUGCUCUUGGCCAGUUAAUGGUGGCAAGCUUAACAACACAGAUGAUUCCAAGCAGCAUGACAUCUUGCUAACAGGCCAUGAAGAUGGUACUGUGCAAUUCUGGGAUGCAUCUGGAGUGUCGUUAAAACUUUUGUAUAAAUUGUCAACUGCCCAGCUCUUUGUAUCCGAAGACUUGGGAGGUGAUGGUGCAGCUGCUGAGGAUGAUGAUUGGCCACCUUUCAGAAAAACAGGACUCUUUGAUCCAUAUAGUGAUGAUCCUAGAUUAGGUGUUAAGAAGAUGGAGAUGUGUCCAUAUUCAGGCCAGUUGAUAGUUGCUGGUACUGCCGGGCAAAUUCUUGUGCUAAAUUUAGAAACAGAAGAAAAAGAAAUAGUACCUGAGUGUGUGAAUGUGAAUUUGGUGGCUGAAACAGACAACUUUGUGUGGAAGAGUCAUAAUAAGCUGGAUAUGCGCACUGAAGCAGUCAAGUUCAGUGCUGGUAUGCAGCCUUCAGUUGUCAUUCAGUUUUACCCACCAGCAUCUUGUACAUCAUUAACUCUCCACAGUGAGUGGGGAUUAGUAGCUUGUGGCACUGCACAUGGUUUUGCAUUGUUUGAUAUCGUUCAGAAAAAGAAUAUUCUUUCCAAAAGUACUUUAAGUCCUUUAGAUUUAGCCAAUGCAGCCGAUGAAGGGCCCAUGUCAAGGAGAAAGUCGCUAAAAAAGUCUUUAAGAGAAUCUUUUAGAAGGUUACGUCGGGGAAGAUCGCAAAGGAAAACUGGAAAGCCUCUAGCUACAUCUCCUACUAGCGCUGGUGGUGGAGGAGCAACGUCAGCAGAAGAGGAGGGUGUUAAACCAGUGGAGCGAGCCAUUGAAGCACGUUCGCAGUCAAGUGACUAUAUUGGCUCCAUGGUACGAUGUCUGCACCUCACAAAAUGUUUCAUUGCCACUACUCAAGCAAUGUCUGCCACAUUGUGGGCUGGCACAAACAGUGGUGCCAUCUUUGUGUUCACAAUUGCCAUACCACCUUCAGAUAAAAGAAGUGAAAUAACUUUAACUGUACAGUUGGGAAAAGAGAUUCAUCUCAAACAUGGCGCUCCAGUUAUAAGCAUUUGUAUCUUAGAUGGGGCCAGUCGACCCUUCCCGGAGCCUAUGGCUGUGAAAAAAGAAGCAGCUGCUCCUCACAAUUCUAACCAACCUCACAGAGUCUUAAUAUGCUCAGAGGAACAAUUCAAGGUAUUUACUUUGCCACAACUCAAGCCUUUCUGUAAAUUCAAACUAACUGCUCAUGAAGGAUCGAGAGUGCGUAAGAUUGGUUAUGCCAAUUUCGUGUCCAGUGCAGAUGCUUCGUAUUCAGAAGCAGCAUUUAUGGUGAUAACUAACCAGGGUGACUUCAAUGUGUUCUCUUUGCCAGACUGCCGAAGACAAAUACAAGCACCCUAUAUUAAAAAAGAAGACAUUAGUGGUAUCAACAGUGUGGUGUUCAGCAAUCGAGGUGAAGCCUUAUAUAUGAUGUCUCCAUGUGAGUUGGAACGUGUAUCCCUGUCAGCGCGGUAUAUUACAAAAGCAUCAGGAACUAUUCCAGUUCUUGUUAAGCCUAAACAGCCAGAAGUUAAGGAAAAAGAAAUUUCUGAUGCCAAGGUAAAUGAUGAGCCAAAGCAAGAUGACGACAAGGAUGCCCCAGAACCUUCCGAAAAUGCAGCAGCACCAGCUGAACCCCCUGCUGAGGAGAGGGAGGCUGAAAAUGAAUCUAAUAAAGAUAAAGAGGAAAAAGAAACUACGGCGGAAGCAGUAGGCGGGAGUUUAAAGAAAUUGGAUGAAGUUAAAGAAAAUGGUGACUCAAGUGUAUUAAGUGGCGACAUAACAAUUGAUUCUAUUCGUGACCACAUGGAUGAUCUCAAAGUAUCUGAAAAGAGUGAGAAGAGCAGUGAAGUCGUUGUGGAAUCUAGCAGCGGUAAUAAAACGGUUGUAUCAAGCAGUACUUCCACACUGAAACAAGAAAGCACCAGUAGUGUGACUGUUGUCAAAUCUACUACUAUAACGUCUGUUUCGUCAUCUUCGCAAGAGUCGUCAUCCAUUCAAGUAGUUGAGACGGCAUCAACUGAAGUGAAUCACAACGCAGUGAAUGGAACAGAGACUAAGAAAAGGGCACCUUUAGCCAAAGCAGAGUCCUUCUUCAGCAAAGAGCCGCGAAUCCCAAAGGAAGAGUGAGGAGAAAUGACGUUGACCUUAUGUACUUAACAAAGACUAUUCCAGUGAUUGUGUGGCUGUCUGUUGUUUUAUUUGAAAACUGAGGAAGGGAAAUUUUAGUGACUUAGUCAGCACUUGAAUUCUCUUAUUAAUUGGUAUUUAUUGAUACCAAAGUGGGGCAUUCAGAAUGUUUAUAGUAAAUGUGUUCUGAGAAUGCAUUUAGAAAUUGAAAUGCUAAUCAGUUUUUUAUUAUUGCAUUUCAAAAUAUAUCACAGUAAGAGUGAAACUAUUGUGUUUGAUACUAAAAGGUUUAUGUCGUAGAAUUUUAUAUUUGAAAGGAGUGGACUGUACAUUACGCAUAUCGUUACGUCUAAAAAGAGCACUGUUGAUGUUGUUGAUGUAUGUAGAUCUUCUAAGUUUAUGGAAAUUAUUUGAUAUUUUCAUAAGAGAAUUUAUGCCAUCCAUAUAUUAAGUGAAGUUAACAUUUGUUUUGCCAGUUUACCUGCUGAAAAGAGUAGCAUAGAAAGGUUUUGAAAGAGAAAAUAAGAACUCCUUAAGAAUAUAGCUAGUUUGUAAGAAUUGCUUAGUUUUAUUGAAUGGAAAAUUGUAAUUAUACAACAAUCAAAAAUUUUUUGCAAAUUUAUAUCCAUCUUUAAACAUAAGCAUUUUUAUCCCUGUUACAUUUUACUUCAUGUAAUAACAACGAAAAUUGUCAAUCUUCCCUCUGUCAUUCAGUUGCUGUGAAUGCUUUAUAUUAAUUAUACUGAGGUAUGGAAGCUAUAUUUUUGUGAGAAAGGAAUGUUCAGAAAUAUCUUCAACUAUUAAUGCAUAUAAUCUGUGUUUUUCAAUUUAGGUAAUAUGAAUGAUAAAUUUGAUAAAAAAUGGAAAUAUUUUAUAUGUAUAUUUUGUAUAUUUAUGUUUUGCACUGUAUUAAUGAUGUAAUGUUUGUCAUUCUGUCUUAUCAGUUUUGCUGAUAGUUUCUAAGAAAGUAUUCCAGAAAUCUUGAUGAUAAUUUAUCAGUAACAGGGACUGAGAAUUGAUGUUGGCACCCAUGAUGUAGUUCUCUUGUUUUGUAUUGUUGACUUUUCAAUUUAUCAACCUCUGAAUAGUACAAGUAACUGGGAUUAGUAAUGUAUGAGACCACAAGUAUUAUUUAUUUCCCUGAGGUCUACAAUUAGGUGUAAAAAAUUAGCUUUCCUCUUAUUUUCACUUUGUUGAAAAUUUAAAUAGGAACCUACUUUUGUACAUAGAAUGUAAUUUGAGCUGGUGAUGAACGAACACAUAGGGUACCAUUGGAAUAGUUUAGUUCCAUUUAAUGAGUGUUUAGGUUUUCUUUUGCCAUUCUGUUUAGCAGGUUAUAAUUACUAUGCAGCACUUCCAGAGCUUUAUCCCUCUCAAAGUUUUGUACUGAAGUUUGGUAGCUGUUCAUUUAUGUAUUAUGUUACUGCAUAGCCCAUUUAUUUUCUUUUUUUAUGGACUGUACUUAAUAUAUUUAUUUGACUUUUUUCAUAGAUUUUACAUCUACCCUACCUCUUGAUAAUCUCAUUUGAGUAUAGUUGUGUUUGUCUUUUUGUUUUCAUUCUGCAGGUUUUCAUUUUUUUGUACAAAAUUGUGGUACCCUCCUUUAGUUGCAAGUCCUGUAGUAAGGAUAGAGAAUCAAUUUAAGAUAUAUUAUUAAAUGGUAUUAUUGAAUGGCUUCAAAUAUAUUGUUAGCCAACUAUUUCAGAGAUGUACAAAAUUGAUUUCAUUGAACAUUUCAGUACUGUGUAUUCAAAUGAUUUCAUAUUCAGAAAUCUUAACAUAGACAUUUGCAAGAGGACAUGAUAGUAAUUUUUGUGUGGAGUGUUAUGUAUGAUAAGACACUGUUUUUUGUGUAUGAUAAGACAUGUCUUUUGGUAACAUAUGCUGGAAGAAAAUUUUUCUGAUAAUUGAUCCAGUUUGUAGGACCUUAGAUUCCAAACUUUUUCAAGUCAUACUCAGCUGUUAGCAGUUUUUUUCUUUCUUUCUUGUUUUUUUUUUACACAUUCACAUAAAAGUGCUCAAAAAUUUUGUAUAUACUAUAAGAUGUUUACAAUGUGACAGCUACUCCAGUUUUUUCAUUCAUGCAAAAAUAUGUCUGGUAAAGUAUAUUUUCUAUAGUAACUGUGUCUCCAGUUCAUGCAAGUAGAUUUUAGUGUUUAUAUUGCUCUCUGAAAUUUGUGAUAGGUUAACUUCCUUUUUUUUUUAUUGGCAACUAACAUGCCAGUUUUUUAUACAGUAUUUCAUAGAAACAUUCCAUAAAGACUUGCAUGUUUCCAUUGUAUUUACUAUAGCCUUUGCCCCUGGGCAUUUCCUUUUGAAUGAAGAAGUAUUUGGGUUUCUCCUAAAUGCUAGCUAAUAAUUAUUAGUUUUAUGUCUUGUCUGUUUUAUGUGUGUAGUUUUGGUAUAUAUAUAUAUAUGAUAGUUUAUGGAUGGUUUGUUUUAAUUAUUGCUACAAGAAAAUGAUUUGGUAACUAUUUCCUCUAUAAAGCUUUAGAUUGUGCUUGUAAAUUUUAUCUGGCAAAACAGCAUAUACAGCUGCUGUUGAAGUAAACAUUUGUUCGCUAUUACAGAGAGCUAAGCUAACAUCUUUGUGUGUGGUAAGUACUUCAGUUUUAUUUUCUUUGGUAAUUUUCAGUUAGUGAUAAUUUUAAGGUGUAGUAUCGUCACACUUAUGAUGUAGCCAUACUCCUGUAAUAUGCUGUAAUUUUUUCUUCCCUUUGUCUUUUUUUGUGGGAGCUGUAGAUCUUGGUUAAAACAAUUUUGCCUUUUUCUUUCUAUUGCUAUUUUGGAUCUCAUAUUGUUUUAAUACAAGUGGCCUAUGUACUCUACUGCAUUUUAGAUCAGUUUUGCCCUCCAUUUCUACCAGGUCCAAUAAACUUAACAAGUUAAACAAAA